AUGCGAAAGUACGUUGUAUGUAAUCAGACAAUAUGUAACUGUGAUGGACUACAAGGUGAUCGCGGUGAUCCAGGUCCACCCGGAAUAGAAGGACCGCAAGGCGAUUAUGGUGAUGAUGGGCCCGAAGGCCGUGUGGGUUCGCCUGGUGAAGCAGGUGAUUGGGGUCAACAAGGUGACUACGGUGAUAAAGGAGAAAGGGGUAUUGUUGGACCUUAUGGGCGACGAGGAGAUACUGGACCUCAGGGACCGUAUGGAUUAGAAGGUGUAAUAGGUAUAGCUGGAUUAGAUGGAUGUAGUGGUAUCGAUGGUGUCAUGGGACCUCCAGGUCCUCAAGGAUAUCCUGGCGAAAGAGGAUUACCAGGUCCUUAUGGAGAAAAAGGAUUACAAGGCUUGGCUGGUGAAGGUGGUGUGAACUCCAGAGGAGCAAAAGGAGAGCAAGGUGACUAUGGGCGUCAUGGAUCACCGGGAUCCAUAGGACCAACAGGUUGGAGAGGUGAUAGCGGACCUCCAGGAUUAGAAGGUGAUCAGGGUCCUGUUGGAUAUAAAGGCGAAAUAGGGUAUAGAGGUGAGCCCGGAGACGAUGUCGUAGGUCCUCCAGGAGAAAAAGGAGAUCAAGGAGAAAUCGGAGAGUUUGGAAGACCAGCUCAAGUAAUAUAUAUCGAUCAAGUACAACAAAACGUAACGAUUUUAGCAAAAGGAAAUAGAGGUGAAAAAGGAUUACGGGGAUCACAAGGUGUAAAGGGAAUUAAGGGAGAGCGUGGUUCUACAGGAUUUCCGGGUCCAAAUGGGGUCAAUGGACCUCAAGGUUUUAAAGGUGACCAGGGUGAAGAAGGACCUAGAGGAAAGCCUGGUCAUCGCGGUCAUGAAGGCCCACCUGGAAGUAAAGGAGACAAGGGAUGGCCCGGUUACGCUGGUCCAGAUGGUGAAGAUGGGCAACCUGGUCCUAUAGGAGAAGAUGGAAGGCCUGGAAGACCUGGUGAACAAGGGCCUAUGGGAGAACCUGGAAUCUAUGAUGAAAGAUUGAAUGAACCUCUUUUACCAGGUUCAAUGGGUCCGCAAGGACCGGUAGGUGCUCAGGGUCCAAAAGGAAUCAGUGGUUCAGAUGGAUCAGUCGGUUCACCUGGUAUAAUGGGUCCAUCGGGCCCUCCAGGAGCAAAAGGUCUUCCUGGUAGAGCUGGUCCACCAGGGUCUUCACCCAAAGGUGAACCAGGUGAUGAUGGCUUCAAAGGCUUACCAGGACUUCGUGGCUUGACAGGAAAUCCUGGUCGGACUGGGAUUAUGGGCCCGAAAGGUUUCAAAGGGUCAACAGUAAUAGGACCAGAUGGUGAAGAAGGUAUGCCUGGUUCAGAUGGAAUACCGGGCUUAAGAGGUGAUAGAGGAGACGUUGGAUUUAUGGGUCCACCUGGUUAUCCUGGCCGAGGUGUUACUGGUGUAGGUCCACCAGGUGAAGAUGGCCCUCCGGGACGUCCUGGAGUAGUAGGUGAAGCUGGAGUACCGGGUCGACCGGGAACACCAGGUUAUAAAGGAGAACGAGGCGAUAACUGUCCGUUUUGUCCUUCAGGAUUACCUGGACCAAAAGGACAAAGAGGAGAUGAUGGUUAUCCAGGCCAAAAAGGCUAUCCAGGAUAUGAAGGACUUCCUGGUCAGCGGGGCCAAAAAGGUCAAGCUGGAUCCCCUGGGCUAAAUGGUCUCCCUGGUCCAAAGGGUAAUAAAGGUCAAGCGGGAAUGGCAGGCCCACAAGGUCCAAAAGGACAUAAAGGUCGACUUAUAAAACCACCAAUGUCGUUAAUAGUAGCUGAUGCUGGACCACGUGGUGAACCAGGUUUUAUUGGAAGCCCUGGUCUUCGUGGUGAUCAAGGAUGGCCCGGACUGCCUGGAAUUUAUGGAUUAAAAGGCAUGAAAGGAUUAAUGGGUGAUGAUGGGCUUCCUGGGCGCCCCGGUUUUAAUGGAUCCAGAGGUAGAGAUGGAGUGCCCGGCUGGCCUGGUGCCAACGCUGAUGUACCGAUCUCUUUUCUUUUCGGACAAAAAGGUGACAAAGGAAUAAAAGGAGAACGUGGUGAACCUGGUAAUGAUGGUCUUAAAGGUGAAUCUGGAGAUGCCCUCGGUUUCGAAAUAAAUGCUAAAGGUGUAAAAGGUGAAAUGGGACCUCCGGGUGUACGAGGUUUACCCGGAAAAAAAGGAAUAGCAGGUGAUAUGGGCUACGCAGGAUUCCAAGGCAUUCGAGGAGAUAUCGGUGACACGGGAACGUCACAAGCAGGUCCUAUAGGUGCACGAGGGUUUCCCGGUGAUAAGGGAGAUACUGGACCAUAUGGGGAACCAGGAAGUAUAGGCUUACGUGGACCUCCUGGAAUGCCUGCUGGAAAAGGAAUAAAAGGAUCACGUGGAGAUGUUGGUUUAGCUAUUGUUGAAGGUGAAAGAGGAACUGAUGGAACCAAAGGAGAAGUCGGAAAUUUCGGAGAGCCUGGAUAUCCAGGCUCACCCGGUCGAUCAGGUAUAAUGGGACCUAAAGGGGAAGAAGGUCUUCCUGGAGACAAUGGACCUCCCGGUCUUGCUGGACCGCAAGGACGAAAAGGACUACCAGGUAUUACAAUACAAGGAGCACGUGGAGUCCCUGGGCAACCUGGAAGACCAGGAUUUUUUGGUCCAAUUGGUGAACCAGGUCUUCAAGGGCUUAAUGGCUUACAAGGUGACGUUGGACAAAAAGGAAUGAAAGGGGAAGCAGGUAGAACAGGCAACAGAGGUUACACCGGAGAGAGGGGUUUUCCAGGCAUAAAAGGUUUUCCAGGUUUGAUGGGAAGACCUGGUAAAAGCGGGGAAAUAGGUGAACGAGGUGACGUAGGCAGUGCUGGCUUUAGAGGUAUACCUGGAAAGGUAGGCCCACAAGGAAACAAUGGUCUCAAGGGUAUACGAGGUGAUAUCGGUGUUCCAGGGGAAAGUGGUUUGGACGGUUGGCCAGGUCAAAAAGGGGACAUGGGAGAUUUUGGUGCUGUUGGGGUUCAGGGAUUGCCUGGAGAUAAUUCUACUAAAGGUAUGAGAGGUGAUGAAGGAGAACGUGGCUUUGAUGGUAGAAACGGAAGACCUGGAUUAUUUGGAAUUAAGGGUCAAAAGGGGGACUGGGGUGACCAGGGUUUAUCUAUAAGUGGUAUGGACGGUUCUAAAGGCCAACAAGGUGAAAUAGGCAUAAAUGGCUUCCCAGGAUUGAGAGGAUCAAAAGGCCAAAUUGGUGACUACGGCGAGGAAGGUGCAAAAGGCGAAAUAGGAGACAAAGGUUUUUCGGGUCCCCCUGGUCGCCCUGGAACACCUGGACACGAUGGACCUCGUGGAUUUCCUGGUUUACCUGGACCCCCUGGAAAACGAGGACCUAAAGGUGAUGUAGGUGAUUAUGGAGAGCCUGGGAGAAUGGGUGCUUUAGGCUUACCCGGUGAUUCUGGGCUGCCUGGAUUACAAGGCAUUAGUGGAGAUAAAGGUUUCAAAGGAGUACGGGGUGAUAUUGGACCUAGUUCUUAUUUACCCGCUACUAAAGGUGACCUGGGUGAUAUAGGAAUGGAAGGUUUGCCAGGAUCACCUGGAGAUUACGGUGACGUGGGAUUUAAUGGAAUAAAAGGUAUGAAAGGGGAGCAAGGCGAUAUCGGCUUCCAAGGAGAAUAUGGUGAUGAUGGACUUCCUGGAAAGAAAGGAAUACCUGGAGACGUGGGUCCUCCUGGUCCACCAGGUCUUGAUGGUAUGUUUGCACAGCAAGGUGAACCAGGAAAACCUGGUAUUGACGGACUUCCAGGUUGGCCAGGUCCUAUGGGACAAAAGGGUGCACCUGGAGAAUAUGGACUUGAUGGUCCUAAAGGCGCUCCUGGACAACCAGGUCUUACAUUCCAAGGGGCGAAGGGUUUCAAAGGGGAUGAUGGUUACAUAGGGAGACGCGGUGACAGUGGAAUUCCUGGUAUUCGAGGAAUGGAAGGAGCUCCCGGUUUUCCAGGACCCCCAGGUGAAACUGGAGAACCUGGUAUGGCGAUAAGCCCUCCAGGUGAAACUGGUGACCGAGGUUUGCCAGGAUUUUAUGGCUUAAGAGGUUUCAAAGGAGAUACGGGCGAUUCGGGUUUGAAUGGAUACAGGGGAUAUUUAGGAGAAAAAGGGUUGAAAGGAGUACGAGGGGAUGAAGGUGAAGAAGGUUUAGUAGGGUAUGCAGGUUUGAAGGGUAUGAAAGGUGAAAGAGGUGAUAGCAUCUUUCCUCAAGAUGUUCCUACUGGAGACCGUGGUGAUAUUGGUCCAGCUGGUUUCAAUGGAAGAGAUGGACGCCUUGGAGAGCCCGGUGAUUUUGGAGAAAACGGAAUUCCUGGAUUUAAAGGACCUAUUGGUGAUGAAGGACCAAAUGGAUUACCGGGCUAUCCAGGUCCCCCUGGAAUAAUUGGACUUAAAGGAACCAGGGGUACGAUUGGCUUAGAUGGUCCACGUGGUACACCAGGAUUGCCAGGAAUACCAGCUCCUCCACCACCAAUUCCUAAAUCAAGGGGCUUUUAUUUCACCGUGCAUUCACAAACAAGGAUGAUUCCUCAAUGUCCUUCUGGAACAACGCCUAUGUGGGAUGGAUUUUCACUAAUACACAUUGUUGCAAAUGCUAAAGCUCAUGGACAAGACUUAGGUGCCCCUGGAAGUUGUCUCAGAAGAUUUUCUACAAUGCCUUUUAUGUUUUGUAACAUUAACAACGUUUGCGACUUCGCUCAGCGAGAGGAUUAUAGUUUCUGGCUUUCAACACCAGAGCCCAUGCCGAUGGCGAUGACGCCAAUCCAAGCUCGGGACGUAGGAUCUUAUAUUUCUAGGUGUCAAGUAUGUGAGACAUCAACAAGAACCAUUGCAAUCCACAGCCAAAGCAACACAGUGCCAACUUGUCCAAAUGGCUGGGACGAACUAUGGAUAGGCUAUAGUUUCCUUAUGCACACAGCAGGAGCAGAUGCGGCUGGUCAAAGUUUGAUAUCUCCUGGUUCUUGCCUCCGAGAAUUCAGAACACGACCGUUCAUCGAAUGCAAUGGUCUCGGUCGUUGCAACUUCUUCGCUACAGCAGUAUCAUAUUGGUUAUCAACCAUUGACGAUAAUCGAAUGUUCCAAAAACCCCUUCAGCAAACUUUGAAGGUCGACCAAGUGUCUAAAGUCAGCAGAUGCGCUGUGUGCAUGAGACGGCAGCCUGGCGCGCGGGGCGCCGUGUACCAGGGCGGCGCCGGCACGGUCGAGGCGGUGCCCAACGAGGCGCGGCGCCGACCCCUCGACCGAUCUAGGAUAAGAUUCCGUGGUGGCUUCCCGCGCACUCGCGGCAGACGCCGUUUCGGCAGCAAUGUA